AUGUCCACCAACAAGCCCGCCUACGGCAACCCCACCUCCGAUACCUUCGGCGGCAAGAGCUGGGACCGCGAGGAAUACGCCAAAAAAGGCGCAGAAGAGGAAGCCAAGCGGAAAGAAGAAGGAAAGGCCCGCUAUGAGGCCAAACUACUCGGCAAGAAAUGGCACGCGCCCGUCGACUACGGUUCGCUUGAAGCCACAACCUCCCGCAAACAGCGCCUCGAUGUCGCCUCGAUGGUUGGCAAGACGACAAUUGUUUCUGCGGCAAAUGCGGUGGGGAAGCGUGGUAAAGGUGCGGGGUUCUACUGUUCCGACUGUGACUUGACGUUCAAGGAUAACUUGCAGCUGGUGGAGCACCUGAAUAGCAAACAGCACUUGAUUGCCACCGGUCAGAGCGGGGAGGUGGCGCAGGCUACGGUGGAUGAUGUACGCCAGCGGUUGAGAAUGCUUGCCCACCAGAAGCGAGUUAGAGAGGAAGAAGAGCGCAUGGUAUGGCAGAUGGACCUGGGAGAGCGACUCAAGGACAGAGAAGAGCAGCUUUCCAAAGAGCGUGAGGAGAAAAGACGGAAGAGGAACGAGAAGCGUCGUAAAGGAAACGACGAGGUCAAACAGGAGGACAGCUGGGAGGGCCGACUUGGCAUCAUUGCUUAG